AUGGGUUGUUGUUUCUCAUGCAAAUCAUCUUCAGAAUUCAACAAUGUUCGUGUAGUUCACCUGAAUGGUCAUGUUCAAGAAUUUGAAAAUCCUGUCCCAGUUAGCCAAGUCACUACAGGCCAAUUACCUUGUAAGAAUCUUGUCUUCACAGCAGCGCAGCUUCUUUCUACAGCGUCCAAACCAUUAAAGCCUGAUGCGCAGCUAGAAACAGGCCAACUCUACUUCUUGCUUCCCUGCUCAAUAUUGCAGCCUGAUGUUUCCCCGGUGGACUUUCUUGCUCUAGUAAAGAGGCUAUCUUCAAUAGCAAAGUCUGGCAGGUGCACUGGUCAGAGUAAGGCUAAGUCUGAUAAGUCUUCGGGAACUAGUUCCUUGGGCCAGAGUAAUUCAAUGUGUAGAACACAGGCUAGAAGGACAUGGAAGCCGGUUUUGGAUACCAUCAGAGAGAAGUCUUUCAACCGGAGGAGUGAAUCAGAGUUGCGGGAAACGGAUUUCGAGACUCCCAAAAGUAGCUUUAGGGUGAAUGGUGGCAAGUAUGGAUAG